AUGGCUCGCUCCCGCCGGGCGCGCGCCGCGCCGGCCGGCUCCACAUCGGCGGAAGGGCGAGCGGAGCCCGGCGGGGCGAUGGCCGGCGCGGACAGGGAGGAGCUGGGCAUGGAAGUAAUGAAGCCUUUAAUUGAUGAAGAAGAAUCAGAUGGCAUCUCAGAUGAAGAGCAUGAAAAUACUUUCCUGCCAGUUAAGACACAUUACCAGCUWGCUAAUGAAGAGGGCAUUACGUUUAUACAAACGCUUACUCACCUCCUCAAGGGAAACAUCGGAACUGGACUUCUUGGUCUUCCGCUUGCAAUAAAGAAUGCUGGCAUUGUGGUUGGACCAAUCAGCCUUGUGUUCAUAGGAGUUAUAUCUGUUCACUGUAUGCACAUCUUGGUACGUUGCAGCCACAGUCUAUGUCAGAGGAUGAAAAAGUCCUCACUGGGAUAUAGUGAUACAGUUAGCUGUGCAAUGGAAGUGGGGCCCCUGACUGCUCUUCAGAAACGAGCUGCUUGGGGCCGGUAUAUUGUGGACUUUUUCCUAGUGAUAACACAGCUGGGAUUUUGUGGUGUUUAUGUUGUGUUCUUGGCUGAAAAUGUGAAACAAGUCCAUGAAGGAUUCUUGGAAAAUAAGAUUGUUCCCAUGAACAUAAGUGCCACUAGCAGUUCCUCUGAGAAGAGAAGUACUGAUUUACGAAUAUACAUGCUGUGCUUCCUGCCGUUCCUGGUCCUCCUGGUCUUCAUUCGUGAUCUUAAGAGCCUGUCCUUGCUUUCUUUGCUUGCCAAUCUGUCCAUGGCUAUCAGCCUGGUGAUUAUUUACCAAUAUAUUGUUAGAGAUAUAGCAGAUCCUCGAAAACUGCCUCCUGUGGUUGGCUGGAAGAAAUACCCACUGUUUUUUGGGACUGCAGUAUUUGCUUUUGAAGGAAUUGGUGUGGUGCUGCCAUUGGAAAACAGAAUGAAGGACUCUGCACGUUUCCCACUGGCGUUGAACAUUGGGAUGGGAAUAGUUAUGACGUUGUACAUCUCAUUGGCCACCCUAGGGUAUCUGCGCUUUGGGGAYGAAGUCAAAGGCAGCAUAACUCUAAACCUGCCACAAGAUAAGUGGUUGUAUCAGUCUGUAAAAAUUCUGUACUCCUUUGGGAUUUUUGUGACCUACUCGAUUCAGUUCUACGUCCCUGCAGAGAUUCUUGUUCCAGUUGUCACCUCCAGAGUGAGGCAGAAGUGGAAGUUACUCAGUGAGCUUGUGGCGAGAGCACUGUUAGUCUGCUCAACCUGUGCUGUAGCAGUUCUGAUCCCUCGCCUGGACCUGGUGAUUUCUUUCGUCGGAGCCGUCAGCAGCAGCACUCUGGGACUGAUUCUGCCACCUCUGGUUGAAAUCCUCACUUUCUACAAGGAAAACAUAAGUUUAUGGACAAUAUUCAAAGAUAUUUUUAUAGCUGUCAUUGGAUUUGUUGGAUUUUUAACCGGGACAUAUGUGACAGUUGAAGAAAUCAUUUAUCCCGCAUCCACAGUUCUUGCUAAUGCAACAGGGAGCUUCCCUGCAGAUCUAAAUGCUACAGACUUGGUGGUUGGCUUAAAGUAAUUCACCUAGCACUGUGAACUGUUUUGUUCCUUAACAAGGUAUUUUUGACUCAGGACCUGCUUUCAACUACUGGUACUGUGUAGAUACAGUUUGUAAGAGCUGUUGGAUAUACAUGUGAAAAUAUGUUAUUUUUUUAGGAAGUAAUUAUAUGUAUCUUCUGGACUUUGAAUGAAAAGUUACAAGAUGUUUAUCAAAGCAAUAGUACUUUCAUGCAAAACCAUUCARCAUCACACAUGAUAAGCAGUUUAUUUUUGUACAUUUUGGUAACUGUUACCCUGACCCAUUUUUUACACAAUUUCUUUAUCCUUGAUUUCAACUAUACAACAGUAUGAAAUACUGUAUUUUUUAUUACCAGUUGCUAGAAAUCUGUAGGCUACAUAUCUGUAUUUCUACUGGAACAUAUAAUAAUUAUUUUUACAUUCAUAUGUUCUGCCUUAAGUAUGCCCUUUACAUGUUUUUAUUUCUUUUGUCUAUUUUGKAAGAAAAAAAUAGUAAGUUCAUAAGUUGGUAACUAAGUUUUGUUUAGCAAGCCUGUGUACUGAGUCCCCAUGUAUAAUCCUGAUUUUCAGGGUUCAUAUUUGACUUUCUGUCUYGCACUUCAUAGAUGACUUUCACUCCAAAUAUUCAAGCGCUGUUCUUGGUUUUGUUUUCUAAAAAAACCUAUAUUUUGUGCAAUAACAUAACUAUUUAUCAUACUUAUCCCUGUUAUGAAGAAACACAUUUGUCUAAGGAAUAUUUUUAAUCAUAACACUCCCCCAAGAAAUACGUUAUGCCAAAACCUUUCCUCUAUAGUCAUACAAAUUAGGAUAGAAGUAUAUGUAAUAUUUUGCCUGCCUGCAGUAUAUUCCUCAGAAAUCUACCAUUUGGUAAUGUACCAUUUGGUAUUACAGUGCUAGAGUAAUAUACUGCUAAAUAUAUCUGUAUUUAUAUUUUCUCUUAAGRGUAUUUCCCCUGUCAUCUACCAUCUGGUGGCUGUAAUGAGCACUUYUAUCUCCAUGUUGAUGAGGGCAUUUCUGACAGGGAUUUGUUAUAGCAUGUGGUUUAAACUGCAUGUAUUUGUUCAAGCAAUAGUUCUGAGUAAYGCUCUAAUUUUGAUGUUAGCGUGGAUUAAGUUAAAGGCUUGGCAGGCACUUGGAAGGGCUGAGUCUCUGCCUGUGURAUACCACAGAAUUGACCUUUUUUAUGGAAGUGCCACAGUGGAGCAAACACAGGUAGUUAGCAGAGAAGCACUUCACCUUUUCGUCUUGAAGGUUUUUUAGUCUUUGAACUGUUUUAAAAUACGUUGAAUCUCAGUGUUUCCAUCUGUUUCAUAAUGAAUCUGUUGCUUACCUAACCCAUAAACUGCACACCAAUAGAAUAUAUUUCUGUGCAGCAUAUUUUAGUUGACAUUAAAUACUUCUAUUUAAGAACCAUCUCUAGUAGGACUGAGAGGAUUUAAAUGCAAGUUGUUUUUCCUGUUAGUUUUCCAUCUUUCUACUUGUGYAUUGGGAGAAUAAAGGACUUUGAAGUCCAUUCAUAUCUGCUCUGCAUCAGUUGUGUCCUGGUGAGCARCUCUGAGAAGGUGCUUCUACCAGGGUGCAGAAGGACUUGCCCUGUUCAGAGUUUGGUGGUGACUUUGGCAGGUGCAAGUGAAURUUUGCCAUGGUUUUGUCAGGGAAUGUUUGCUGAGCUGGUUAAUAUUUGAUUACUUACGAUCUGCAGAGGUGAMCAUGGUGCCCAGUUAAUGUAACAUAUCCUUGUGAAGAUCAGAUAAUUUGUUCAGAAGCAUCAGUAGGUUUAAGGGUUCUAAUCUUAGCCAUCAGACAUUGGAAAAGCUGGCUGGAAUACAAAGCCAUGCACAUUUUCCUGCUUUGACCGUGUCCAACCUGUCAGGSCUUAGGUUUCCAGACCAGCAUGUGGCCACUGACUGACCAGGUAUGAAGCAGUGUUUUUAUGCAGCUGGCCAGCAUUGCCAAGUCCUACAAUGUUGUAUAUUUUGGGAUCUUUUAAAGUGUCCAUUAAUAUAUUUUGCACAAUGUCAAUUUUCUCCUACAGUGUAGGAUUUUUAUAAUUUUAACACUCAUACAGCACAUUCGCAUGGCCUGCUCUUUCAGACAGAAAGAGUCAGGAAUCAGUGUCCUGCUUUGGAUUAAAAUGUCAUAUAGUAAAAAACUGAAGUCUGACUAGUGAGAGUAUCCUGUGAAGCAUUGCCAAAGAUUUAAAAGAGAGGAAAUUCUGACAGAAACCUCUUCAAUAAGAAUAUUCAUUCAGCUUUUAAAGUACUGUAAUAUUAGUUGCAAGUUAAGGGGCAGGGAGUGAAACUGAGAGACUUCAUAGGUAUGGUUUACAUUGAGGUAUAUAUUUAAGAUGGAAAUGUACUUUAGCACAAGCUAAAUUAAACUGCAAAGUGUGUGUGAUUAGCUUAUGUUCCCAAAAAGGAGCAGAAAGCUAUUGUAUUUAUAUAUUGUACAUGAACUUAUAUUUUACAAUAUAAUAUUGUUAACAGUUUUAAUGUAAUUUAAUCAUUAGCUGCACUACAGGUAACUGGAGAAUUUUCUUGUCUGUAACUGUUCAUCUUCAAGUAUUGGGCAAAUAAGCAGGUGGGUUUGCCUGAUGUUCUGUAAAACAGAAAUCUUCUGUAUCAAUAAACUACCAAUUGCCCUGCAAACUCAGUGUUAUCCUGCAUGUCACCACUACUGCGUCACUAGAAGAAAUAGCUGCAGAAUAUGAAGAAUAAGAAAUAAUGCAGAAUUUACCUUUGAAUUUGUCCAAGGAAUGGUGAAUGAUGUGAGACACACAGGCAAGCUGAAUUUUCAUUGAUAGUAUAUCUCAUUUUACAGUCACACAGGCACUCCACCUCCACUCCAAGGUUUUUCAGGAGGCACAGUUAAAGUUAAAGUUAGCACAGUUCUGCAUCUUUUUAGAGGUGCUUUAGUAAAUAUCUUAACUUGUAAAUCUAAACAGGGAUGCAGGUGUUCCCAGUUCCUAUUUAGAAUACUGCAAAUAAAAGUCCAGACUUUCUGCAAUUGGACAAACCCUUAAAUAUUUGCUUUCGRCUUGACUUUAUCUGUAAGUACAGAGUGCUCUCUCAACAUGUUGAUGGAGAAGGGGAAGCGUUAACUUGGAAAACUAUCAGCUAGAGGUUAGCUGAUGGACAGCCUGAAGGAUUCCACUCAGUUCAUCUUAGGGAGAAUGAAAGGGAAGAGGGACAUAAUAGAAAAGUGAUUAUUUUAUUAAUUCUAUAUUAAAAUGUUUCCAGGUGAAGGUCUA